AUGAACGCUUCGCUUCUUGCACUUCCAUAUUUCGCGUUGGUUUUUAUCUUUUAUCAUCAAUCAAAUGGUUUUAUCCGAAGUUGUGAUAACUUAUAUGAAUAUUGGAAAACAUUACCAGUUUUAAUUUUAAGUAUACUUUACUAUGCAGUUGGUUCAAGCUUUAGCAAUCGUCAACAUAUCUAUGCAUCACUUGGCUUAUUAGCUGGUGCUAUUGGUGAUUAUAUGAUAACAAGGCCAAAUGAUGGCCUAAUCCUUGGGGCUGCUUGUUUUGCUAUUGGCCAUAUUUUUUAUUUGCUUACAUUUACCUAUCGUAUUGGUAAUCUAUGCAUCCCAUUACUAUUUAUGAUAAUACUGAUAAGCUUUAUCAUACUUUAUGUAACAUUUGCAUUACUUCUAAUUGUACAUCCAAUUGCAUCAACAAUUAUGAUUAUUUAUUCAUUUCUUUUAUCAAUGUGUGUUCUCUUCAGUGGUUCAUUGUAUAUUUGUGGCGGUCCAUAUGAUCAGCAACGACAAUUUAAUAAUUUAUUACGAUUUCUUGGAUUUUUACUCUUUUAUUUAUCUGAUAGCGCAUUAAUUAUUCAUCACGUUGGAAUUGCUGUGCCAGUUGCUGAAAAAUUGAUCUUAUCAACUUAUUUUAUCGCACAAUAUCUCAUUUUAUGUGGUUCAUCACUAUCAUCAUCAUCAUCGUUAUCAUUAUCAUCAUCAUCGUUAUCACCAUCACACUGUUACCGCUCAUAUCAUUUACAUCAGAAAGCAGAUAAAUGA